AUGCCUCCUGCAUCGUCGAGUCAGAAGGGCACCGGCAAGAAAGGGGCCGGUGCCAUCGCCCGCCAGCGCAGUCGGAAUACCACGCCCAGCUCGAUCCCGCCGUCGGCAUCUCUCCCCCCCGUCGAGAACAAGUCGACAGAGUGGCUCGACCUCCCGUACGAGUCCUUCCGCAACAUCACGUACGAGGACGUCGUCGACCAGAAUGGCUCCAACUCCCACAUGCCCGAGUCAAGGAGCCUCGAUGGCGUCAUGACCCGCUUCCAGCGCCUCCAGGACACUCUCGAGAGGCGGAGCGGCUUCUGCGACCGCGGCAUGCGCCGGCUCGUCAACGAGCUCAGGGCGAGGAUGGACGAGGUCGCCGCUGAGAGGAGUCGAGAAGAGGAGCGCCAGCGCGUCGAGGAUGAGGAGCGCACCAGAAAGGCAAACAAGGCCAACAAGAAGAAAAGAAAAGCCACCGACACUCUAGCGCCUCAGGAUGGCAACACAGAACGCUCAUCUCCGUUACGCGAUUCCAACAGGCCCCGCAAGCUGUCGCGUGGCCACGACUCUGCAUCCUCCUCCCUCUCACCUGUCGCUCCUGCUACACCUGGCCCAAUGGAAGUCGACGAGAAGAACAAGGCUGCCAAGAAGGAGGACCAGGAUGAGGACGACAACGACGAUUCCGACUCCAGUUCGGACGACGAUGGCGCCCCUCCUCCGCCUCGAGUACCCCAAGCCAACACGUUCGGCGACGACCCUUCCACAUUCCCCGAUCCCACCGUGUACGAGAUUACGAAAGUCGACUGGGACAGCAUGGCAGACGAGGACAUCAAGGAGGCGACGUCAGUUUCCACAUAUCCCAAGAGCAACCUUGCAGAUCUGGUCGCUGGUGUCCCUCCCGACAAGGACUUUAGCAGCGCAAAACCAUCCAACCAAAUCGCUUUCAACACCUUCUCCACCUACGUUGAGCCAUACUUCCGGCCCUUUACUGAAGAAGACCUGGCAUUCCUUCGAGAGCGCGGCGACAGGGUCACCCCCUUCAUUCUGCCCAAACGAGGCAAGAAGUCCUACAAAGAAGUCUGGGCAGAAGAGGAUGGCAGCACGGCCAACGACUCUGUACAUGACAAGUUAGAUCCAAAUCACGCUCGUGGGGGCAUCGAGCAGAUGGCGGACGACCUUGCUGAGACGGACAAGCUCUCUGUGGGGCCACUCCUGUCUCGCCUUCUUCAAGCCAUGCGACCUGAGUGUCGAGCUGAUACAAGUGAUGAUGCCAAGCCACUUUCAAACGGCGUGAACGGUGAUCUGAAUGGGAGCCUUGAUCUGUCCAACAAUGGCAUUGACAGCUUUGACACAGCACCAGGUCUGCAACCCAAUGGACAGCCUGCUGAGCGUGAGCUGUCACCUGCUUCUCACAUGCCCGAGUCCAAUUCAGACACCUGGAAGAGGGCCACCCAUCCAAAGCUGGACUACAAUCAAGUUGAGGAGCGCAUCAAACAGGAGCUCCGCCACAUUGGCUUCCUUCCGGAUCCAGAUCCAGAGCAGCCACAGCCAGAAGAGACCCGUGCUGACUAUGAUGGUGCCUAUGACGACGAGGUUGCUGCAAGACUGCGACUGCUGCAGGACCGCCUUCGUGAGCAGAUGCUCAUCAAUGGUGCACGCAAGGCCAAGCUGUCAGAGCUGGUCCGUGAGCGCAUGGCUUUCCAGGAAUACCAGACCAUCUUGGAGGAUCUCGAUGGUCAGGUGCAGGCUGCGUAUCUCAAGAGGACUCGUACUAUGGGCAAGACCAAGAAGAAGGCACGGCCUGGUGCUGCAGGGGCAGCCGCAGCCGCAGCAGGCAUUGCAAGACCUGGUAUUGGUGACCUCACCAAGACCCUGAUGGAGAGACGACGUCGGUGGAUCGAGAGCAUCGGCACAGUCUUUGAUGGGGAGAAUCUUGGCAAGGUCCCCAGAGCUAGCGAGCCUGAUAGCUCCAUCUUCAAAGGGCCUGAAAUGACCGAGCUCAUCAAGUAUGAAACUCAGCACUGGGAUGAUGAGGAGGAUGAGUGAGCUGCUUUGCUCCUCAUUUAUGGACACCCCUCAUGGCACACAACUGGUCACCGAUAAAAGGAUGUCACCACCACAACUCAUUUCAUGGAUAGGAUAGGAUUGGCGUUACUUCAAGGGGCAUGCGUGAUUCGACAUUAUGACUCGAUGGGAUUGUAUGGCAAUGGAUUGGCAGUGGAAUGCAUGACAACAGAUCGGCGUUGUGAGGUUACCCUCUAUUACCUAUACCAGGCAGGCUGUAUCAAAAUGAUCCUCUACUGAAAGC